GCGCGGUUUCGCGGGUAAAAAUGGCUCUGUCUGUCUUGAUCAGCCUUUUGGCAGUCGGUGGAGUGGUAGGAGUGAUAGUUCUCGCUUACAGAAUGAUAAGACCCUCUUUCCCCGUGCAGGUGAACUGCUGGUUUUGUCAGAUGAACACAAAGGUCCCAUUCGGGAACCGUAACUGCUGGGACUGUCCGCACUGUGAGCAGUACAACGGCUUUGACAAGGAUGGUGGUUACAACAAGUCUAUUCCAGCCCAGCACGUGCAAGACUUAAAUCAUGACACCAGGAGGAGCCGCAGGAAUGGGGGUACGAUGUCACCAUCUGUGGGUAUUCUCUGCGAUGUGUGUAACAGAAACCAGCUUCUGAAGGUCAAGCAGUUGGCAGAUUUUGUACCGUUCAAUGAGGCAAAUUAUGAAGAAGAGGUUGAAAUUUUCAAGCAUAACCUAGAGCAUGUGUACAAGCUGUGCAGAGUUUGUGUGGCUUCUACUGAGUUAGAGAUUCAGCAACAAGAUGAGCUCCUCCAGAGCCGACUGAGCCCUGGAGAACUCAAGAAGCUUCAUUCCACAUCCCAAUCUCUGCUGUCACAGAGCUAUAGGGAUUGGGAUGACCCUCAGCCUUAUCUCUCCAUCUUAUCCACUAUUCUCCAUGCAUUGAGUCUUGUUUGUGCAGUAUCACUGUUACUGGCAUUAUUGCCUUCAUUUCUGAAGAGUUACAAUAUCAAGGGGGCCUAUUCUUCAUACUCUGUACAGUCUGUUGAGAGCCUGGAUACAUUUCUGGUCUUUUUAGGACUCUUUCUCAACAUCUUCUCCAAACUUCUGCUUGGAAAAUUAAGGGUAUAUUUUACAGAUGGACUCUGUGCCUUCUUGUGGCUUGGCCUCAUGUUUAAUCAUGUGUUCUAUCUCCAAGACGACCACAUCCAAUCAGUUGGAAGAGGCCUCAUGUUUAUUGGUUGCGUUGCCACCAUUGUCAUGACAAUUGUGUCUAUGCUGUGGAAGAGGCAACCCCGUAGUAAUUCUAACUUCAGUAUAAGAAGGUUAUCUAUGGAUAGCGAAAAAUCUGAAGAGGUAGACAGCAACACGACAAGUUCAUUCACUGGUGAUUCUACUUUUCUCGGGGUGCCAGCUCCUCAGGUGCCCUGUGGCUUUGGAACUCCUACCUCAGCGGCUACCUUUUCACGGCCAUUACAAAGGGAGGUAAUCCCAUCUCCUGCCUGGCAGGAGCAUUACCCAUGGAAUUCAUUGCAAUCGCAUCACGCCAGUGACAUGCAGCUGCAUCACAGACCUCCAUCAGUCAUCUCGGAGCCUGCCAGAAAACUCACAUCUUUCAGCACUGGUAACAAAAACUCUGAUUUGAAUUCAAGUUUCAUGUCAACAUUUUCAGAACCUAUUCGAAGGGAGACAACUUUAGGUUUGCAACAUAGCUCAAAGUCAGCGUUUAGGACAGUGCAGGCCGAGAGCUUUUCUUCCAGAGAUCGACCAGCAGAGACUAGCUUUUCUUCUGUCACAGGAUUUGGUGAUAUUGACCUGGAAAUAGACAGCAUGAAUCUGGGAGGAUCAAACCUGAGGCGGCAUGGCUCUGGUGUGUUUGGCAGUAAUGUCUCUCUCAAUCACCUAAUGACCGCUGGGAGUAAGCUUUCCGUGCCUCCUGUACCAAGAGGAAGACGACCGCUGAUCAGUCCGGCCAAGCUUGGGCCUGUCAUGCAGCGCAGCUCUACACCAUCUGAUCUUCACUCUGUCAGCUCUCCACUGUCGCAGAGAACAUUAUUUACGGACACCCAGUCCAUCAUCAGCGAUCAGUUCUCACAAAACAGCAAUUUGUGGCGACCCAGUGAGCACCCUAAAUCUAACCAGGCAUAUAUAAGGAGAUCAGUGAUUGGACAAGACGGUUAUAGCAGCCAUUCAAGAUCCAAUCAGAUAUAUUUAAGGAGAUCAGUGAUUGGACAAGACUGUGAUAGCAGCCAUUCAAGUCAAAGGUCACAGUCCAGCUUUUGUCCAGUGGACAGCACAACAGACAGAUGCUCAGAAAAAUUAUCUACAGUGUUAGAAGCAGUUCCCUGGUGGCAGAGUGGGUAUGUGAUAUUGAGUGUUUUGGCAUUGAGUCUUUUCACUAACAUGAUCAUUCUCUACACAACUGUGACACGUGUGUGAUGCCCACAGGAUCACUGUCUACACAACUGUGACAUCCACAGGAUCUCUGUCUACACAACUGUGACACCCACAGGAUCACUGUCUACACAACUGUGACAUCCACUGGAUCACUGUCUACACAACUGUGACACCCACAGGAUCUGUCUACACAACUGUGACACGUGUGUGACAUCCACAGGAUCACUGUCUACACAACUGUGACAUCCACAGGAUAACUGUCUACACAAUUGUGACACGUGUGUGACAUCCACAGGAUCACUGUCUACACAACUAUGACACCCACAGGAUCACUGUCUACACAACUGUGACAUCCACAGGAUCACUGUCUACACAACUGUGACACCCACAGGAUCACUGUCUACACAACUGUGACACGUGUGUGACAUCCACAGGAUCACUGUCUACACAACUGUGGCAUGUGUGUGACACCCACAGGAUUGCUGUCUACACAACUGUGACACCCACAAGAUCACUGUUUACACAACUGUGGCAUGUGUGUGACACCCACAGGAUUGCUGUCUAUACAACUGUGACAACCACAAGAUCACUGUUUACACAACUGUGGCAUGUGUGUGACACCCACAGGAUUGCUGUCUAUACAGCUGUGACACCCACAAGAUCACUGUCUACAAAACUGUGACACCCACAGUAUCACUGUCUACACAACCCAGGCACGUGAGUGACACCCACAGGAUCGCUGUCUGCACAACUGUGACACAUGUGACAUUCGCAGGAUCACUGUCCACACAACCCAGGCACAUGUGUGACAUCCAAUGGAUCACUGUCUACAGAAGUGUGACACUCACAGGAUCACCGUCCACACAACUGAGAUGCAUGUGUGACACCCACAGCAUCAAUUUCCCUAAAAAACUGUGACACCCUCAAAAUCGCUCUCUCUACACAAAACUCUGGCAUCCACACUAUGUGCAAUCUCUGUGCACAGAUGUGACUUGUGACACCCACAGGAUUCCUCUGUCCACACCCUGUGUGACACCAAAUGUGUGUUGGGCAGAACUGACAAAUUGAAUGUUCCACCAUGCCUAACAUGGAUUGAGAAUUGACUGUAUAAACGGCUUGAUAGCAUCUGGUCAUAAUGUUUGUGUAUGAAAUUGCAGGAUCUAUCAUCAUGGAACAUACUCUUUAUUUGAUGUUUUUUCAAUGUGUUAUCAUCAAACCAAAAAAAUUAGAAAAGUUGCACAAGCUUGUGGAGCAGAUGGGAAGAGUUUGUUUUUUUUUUUUUUGCUUUUUUUUUUGAAAAAUGCAAAUGCAGUGUACUGAUACUUCAAAAAGAAUUGAAUGAACACCUGUAAUAUUGUUCAUCAUUAUUAACCUCUUGUUUUAUACUGAUGGCUUUUAUACGUCAUGGUCAAUGUUCAGGGUUGUUGUUGUAUUUACACAUGUACACCCUACAAACAUAUGUAUGGUGGGGAAUGGUUUUGUGCAUUUAGAGUUGUAUUAUACAUUUUAUUUCAAAGUUGUGGCAAUGUACAUUUUUUUAUUAAUUUCUGUUUUUAUAUUCUAGUUUAGUAAAUUAGGAAAAUUUGUUGAUGAAACAUAUAAUGAAAGAGAACAUGUUAAUUUUUAUGUUUGCAUUUUGUUAUUCAUUUAGAUUGUUGGGUUUAGUCCCGGCCUUGGAGAUUAGGUUGAUUUUCCCACCGUGUUCGUAUAGCGCCCUUUUUUACGCUAAGCGGUCAGUGACGCUUUUGGAGCUGAUUGCGCAGUCGUACACUUGUUAAAAAAAAACUUAUAUCACACCAGUACAGCUAGUAAGUUUUACAUCACCGGUAGGAAAGAUCAUCAGUAUCUUGCCAAAGGCUGACGGAUAUGCGAGGGUUUGAUGUUGACAACAUGAGGCCAUGACAAGUGGAAGCUAUUCUGUACUUUAUUAGUCUCUAUGAGUUUCGGGGUGUGGCUAUUUACAUCUGUAGUAGCCCAUAGUAUUGGCAUAUACAUGUAUGUAGGUCUUGUAAUCGAGUUAUUUAUUAAUUCAUUUCACUGGUGUUUUCACGCCGUACUCAAGAGUAUUUCACUUAUACAUUGUGGGCAAGCAAUAUGGUUUGAGGAAUCUGGUCAGAGCCCGGCGGAAACCCACAGCCAUCCAGAAGUUGCUGACAGACCUUGCCACAGCCGGAGAGGAAGCCAGCAUGAGCUCAACUCACAGUAACCACAUUAAUGAGAGGCUUCUGGGUCAUUGCGACACGCUAGCAUGCUAAAAACCACGGCCUGUAAUGAAUUGUGUAGGCCAUAAUUAUGCUAAAUCUGUAAUUGUACUAAAGUUAGUAAUGACAGUAUCAGUAUAUUACCGUCUGAAGAUUGUGCAUGGUACUAAAGCCUCCAUUUUGAGCAAAUUAAACAAUGGUUUCCUUUAGAAAGUAAUAUACAUAGGCAAUAUAAAGGGAAUGUUGUGGCAGUAAUUGUUAGUCUCCCAUCAAACUGCUCUCUUAGGAUUAGCCACAGACAUCGAUUCAAGAUCAGAGACAUCACACUAGGGGACUUUUGAGUUAAACUCUAAUCGCUAAAUGUAAUAGUCUUAGUGUUUUAUUUGAUUUGCUAAAAAUGUUAGGCAACUUCAUCACAUUUGUGAGAUUCACAGAAGUUAUUUAGAGUACACAAAUGAUGGAGAAAAGUGCAGAGCUGGACGUUUGUGAACUUGAGAAAUUUCAUAAAGGGAACUUGUUAUUUUUACCUCUGCAACACGUUGAGCUAUAAAGCGAUCAAUGAAUCAAUGUCAACAAAGGUUGCCUAACCCGUUUCAAAAAGCACAUAUCGUUGACGUAUAACAAUAGAAAUAGAAAUACUGUUAAAAGGUGGAGAAAACGUAAACAUUACAUGAAGUUCAGAUGAAAGAGUGAGAAAAGUUGGUUGUGAAUGUGGUCUUUAAUAUUUGUUUUCUUGAUUUUUCUUUAAGGAGACAAAGACAUCUGAGAACAAUUUUUGUAUGGUGGGUAUGGUGGGCUUUUG